GCCCCCCUAUUAUCUUUCCGUUUUACUCAAAAUCCCCAAAACAACGAAACAAAUAGAAAAAAAAAACCUCCAAAAAAAAAACAAAGAAGCCGCCAUUGUUGCAGGAUUUUUGCGCAGUAGUUAGAGAAAUGGGGAAAUUAGGAAAAAAGGCGAGGAAAUUUGCGAAGAAGAAUCUUCAAUCUGUGUUGAAAAGAAAGCGGAAGUUGAAAUCUAUGUUCAAAAAGAAAGGUUCUAAAAGAGAUGAGCAGGAUGAAGCUGAAAACCUCCAAGAAGAGCAAAUAAGCAAGUCUAAUGGAAGAGACUUGGAAAGUGAAAAUAUAGAGGAUGCUGCGCUUGAUGCGGUGUUUAGUGAUGAGAGCGAUGUGGUUGAAGAUGAUUCAGAGAGUGAUGGAUAUUUAUCUGAGGACUCGGGCUGUGCAUAUUUGGAUGGAAAUGGAAGUGAGAGCAAUCAAGAUGAUAUGAAUGUAGACAACAUUGGUGCCAGUGAGUUAUCGGUACAGAACAGGGAAAUUCUUUUAGAACUUGCAGGGAAAAGGAAAAAAUUGAAGAGGCUGGAGAAAAAGGACCCUGAAUUUUCUAAGUUUCUGGAAAGCUAUGAGAAUGGCCUUGAAAAAUUGAGGGAUGAGGAGAAUUUUUCAGAUGAGGACAAUACUAGUGAUGAUGGCACACAAAAUCCCAGUAAAGGCAGUGCAAUUUUAAGUAAAGACAAGUUGUUGACUAGCUCUGCCCUUAAUACUUUGUGCCAACUAGUCAGAGAGCAGCGUAGUAUAUCUGCACUUACUAGUUUAUUAAAUGGGUAUCGAGCUGCAUGCCAUUGUGGAACCGAACCAUCUGGUCUUCUUGAUGUUGACUCAUGCUGUGGACUUCAAGAUAGCAAAACUUUUUCCAAGAUUUUAAUCUUCAUGCUUCAGGAGGCUGAUAAUAUUUUUCGAGGAAUGCUAGGAAUAUCAUGUUCUAGUUGCAAAAAGGAGACCAUUUUGGAGUUGAAGAAUACUUUGAAAUGGAAAACUAUGAAGCCGCUGAUCAAGUCUUAUUUGAGAAGUACACUAUUUCUCCUGAAUCAAGUUACUGACUCUGAGAUACUUGCAUUCUCCUUGGUUCAACUCAGAGUGUCUAUAAUAUUUUUUGCUGCUUUUCGUCCAUUGCUGCACAGACUGAUCAAGAUUGCAGUUCAUUUGUGGGUAACAGGUGAAGGGUGUCUUGCCUCACAUUCUUUCCUAGUCAUAAAAGAUGUGGCUUCUGUGUUUCGCUCAGAUUGCUUCAACUCAUGCUUGAUUAAAACGUACAAGGCCUUCAUUGGUCACUGCAAAUUUGUAGAUCCAGUUUCAUCCAAACAUAUACAAUUUCUCCGCAAUUCCUUUAUUGAGCUAUGCUCUCAAGAUGUGCCAAACUCAUCUAGCAAGGCAAUGGUUUGCGUUGAGCAACUUGCUAAGAUUCUGCAGAUGGGUCUACGCGCAAAGAAGAAGGAAGCGGUCAAAAGGAUAUGCAGUUGGCAGUAUACAAACUGCAUUGAUAUCUGGGUUUCAUUUAUAUCAGCAAACAUACAAGAUUAUGAUCUUAAGCCAUUGUUAUACACAAUCAUUCAGAUUAUAAAUGGGGUAGCUGUCUUAUUUCCUGGACCAAGAUAUUUGCCUCUAAGACUUAAAUGCAUUCAGUGGCUGAAUAACCUUUCUAGUUCAAGUGGGGUUUUCAUCCCUGUUGCAUCGUUUGCUCUGGAUAUCUUGGAAUAUAAAACUGGCAAGGACAAUGGGAAACCUGGAAAAGAUUUCAACUUCUCUUCAAGUGUGAAGUUGCCAAAACAUUGGUUAAAAUCUCGGAACUUUCAGGAAAAGUGUGUGUCUUCUGUCAUUGAAUUACUCGCAAUGCACUUUGCUCAGUGGAGCUAUCAUAUAACUUUUCCUGAGCUGGCUACUAUUCCCCUCAUCCGCCUAAGGAAGUUUAAUGAGACAACAACCAUUGAAAGUUUCCGGCGUGUGGUGAAGCGUUUUAUUGAUCAGGUGGAGCAGAACAUUGAAUUUGUACAGCGGAAGAGAGAUGAGGUGGCAUUUUCACCGAAAGAUCAUCAAUCUGUUGAAUCAUUUCUGCAGUUUGAAAAGUCCAGUGCUAAUACUCGAUUUACGCAAUAUUACAAGAGUAUCAUGGAGAAGGCUGCUUCGAGGAAUCUGGUUAUGAAUCAGAAGAUAAGUUCCAUGCUACAAAAGAAAUCAAAAAGAAAAAAACAACUGCUUCCAAACAACACUCUCCAUGGGGGUGCUAAUAAUGAAGUUUUGGAGGAAAGAAAAGUAGAUUUGUCGAUUGACGAUGGAAGAGAUGGAAAAAGGGUGAAGAAAAGAAAAACCUAAGAGUGAUACUUUGUUAUUGCCUCUUCUUACCAAUUUGUAAGAGUAAGAAAACCUGUGAAUUAUUAAUUCCUUCUCAUUUUAUUGAUCAAUUAUUGCAUGUAGCCUAAGGCUUCUAUAUUUCUAUUUUGUAAAGCAGAAAUGCAAAGGAAAAUUUUGUUUAGAGCCGGCAAAAGUUAGGUUUGAACAUCAAGUCAAACAGGUUUUGAAUGUGACAUUAGUUAAAGAGAGAAUCUAAUCUCGGAUUAUCUGUUAGUUUAGAUUCUUCUGUUGGUUUCUUUGUAUAAUCGAUCCAUAAUGGAAGACAACAAUGAUUGGAACCUACUUAGUUAUUGAUUUAUGGUUUGGUAGUUGGUUA